AUGAGCGCAACAAAGGCGCAAUCGCAGAAGAUCUUCGAGAAACUGAAAGCCAAACCGGCCAACAAGGUACUCAGUCCCUUAGCCCUGCAAGGAGGCCACAUCUACGAAUCUACACUUCCACGCCUUCCGAACCUGGGUGUCCACAUCUCCUUUGUCAGAUCGACGAAUUUGGACGUCUGGCAAUGGAGUCAACUGCGUACUAUGAAAGUUGGAGGCAAUGAGUCUGCCACAAAGUUCUUCCAAUCUCACGGUGGGAGUGCGGCACUGGCGAGCAAAGACGCGAAGGUCAAAUACACGUCCAAUGCUGCGAACAAAUACAAGGAAGAACUUAAGCGUAGGGCUGAAAGAGACGCGCAAGAAUACCCCGACGAAGUCGUCAUCACCGACGACCCCCUCUCCACCCCUGGCGCCGACGGUACCUCUACACCCGCAGGUGAACCAGCAGACGACUUCUUCUCAUCCUGGGACAAGCCAACCAUCAAGCGGCCUAGCAAUCCGCCGUCGCGAAGCGGCACGCCCCCGGUAAUCUCACGUACUGCCUCCCCUUUCCUAUCGGCCGGAAACGGUACGAAUGGCUCGCAAGCACGGCCUAAAUCUCCUUCACCUUUGGCUGUCAACUCGACCGAUGACCCCGUCAAAGACGCUGAAGCUGCUCUUCCCGCCCCAGCUGCAAUACGUACAACUUCUUCUUCCGCAAUCCGCAAAGGCCCCAGUGCUGCUGGAGGUGCAGGUGCCAAACGCGCCAAUGUCCUUAGUGGGAAGAAGCCGGUACACAAACUCGGUGCAAAGAAGGUUGUGGGCGAGGAAAUCGAUUUUGAGGCAGCUGAAAAGGCGGCAAAAGCCGAGGCCGAAAGGAUAGAGAAACUGGGCUAUGAUCCUGAAGCAGAGAAGGCAGAGGACCUUGCAAAGGCCAAAUCCUCCGGUUUCGGUGCCUCUUCGCCUGCGACGCCCAAGGAGACCCCGACGCCUAUCAACACAGCGACUAGGUCGGCGUCCAAUCCCAGCCACGCGCGAAGUCCGAGUGAGCUUGAGAGGCUUGGAAUGGGGGUCGGUCGUUUGGGCUUCGGGCAGGUCGGACCAAGCAAAGGAGCGGCAAGCUCAAGCGCACCAGCACCAAAGAAACUGGGAUUCGGUGCUGUUGGCCCGACUAAGGCCUCUGCAGCAGACGACGAGGAAGAACAAUACGCCCGCAGCAAAUUCGGCACCCAAAAGUCGAUCUCAUCCGACGAGUUCUUUGGCCGCAACAGCUACGAUCCCCAGGCGCAAGCUGAGGCGAAAUCGCGCCUGCAGGGCUUCGAGGGUGCCACGUCGAUCAGCUCGAACGCGUAUUUUGGACGUCCCGAGGACGAUCCUACUGGUCUCGAAGGUGACGGUGCAUACGGAGAUAUCGAGACGAUGGCCAAGGAUUUUGUUCGGAAACUGGGCCUGACGGCUGGAGACGACCUAGAGAACCUGAUCAACGUGGCCGGUGAAGGUGGGAGGCGGCUGAGAGGCGCGGUGGCCCGGUAUCUGAACAGUUGA